AUGGCUUCCUCCCAAGUUGACGACACCAAAACUUCGAAACAACUCGAGGCGUUGCCUCAUCCGGUCAAUGUCAUCUUCGAUGAUGAGUCUUCUUCGCUCGGCAAAGGCGAUAUCCUUGGUGCUGAGCAUGUCGAUCUGGUCCUCAAUGCCAAGAUGCAUCUGGUCAACAAUGCAAUUGAUGAGAUAGGGUUCACUGGAUAUCAUUGGAAGUUGUUUGUGCUCAAUGGUUUUGGCUACGCAGUAGACUCGUUACUUCUCCUGGUCCAAGGAAAUAUAGCCUCGUAUGCUGCCAAAGAGUUCAACCCAUCCUUUCCCAAAGGCCUCACGAUUGCCGCUUAUGUCGGUAUGUUGGUUGGCGCUCUCUUCUGGGGCUUCUCAGCGGAUGUUAUCGGCCGCAAAUUCGCGUUCAACUUUUCCCUCAUGAUCUCGUCUGUCUUCGCCAUCGUUGCAGGCGCUUCUCCAAACUGGAUCGUACUUGGUCUCUUCAUAUGCUUGUCUGCAUUUGGAAGUGGAGGCAAUCUCGUACUUGACACUGCUGUUUUCCUCGAGUAUCUUCCCAGUCAGAGUCAAUGGAUGAUCACUGCCUUGGCCGCUUGGUGGGGACUUGGUCAAUUGGUUGCCGGUCUUUUUUCUUGGGCUUUCCUACCCGGCUACUCUUGUGCGACCGUUGCGACUUGUACCCGUGCUAACAACAUGGGUUGGCGCUAUGUCUGGUUUGCAAACGGCGCUCUGGUCUUUGCCAUGUCUCUUGCCCGAAUCUUCGUCAUCAAGCUGAAGGAAACGCCCAAGUUUCUGAUCGGUGAGGGAAAGGAUGCUGAAGUGAUCGAGACUCUGCAGUUCAUUGCCAACAAAUACAAUAGACCUUGCAGUCUGACUUUGGAGCAGCUGGAGGCUUGUGGUGACAAUGGCGUGCUAACGUGGAAAUUCAGGACAUAUAACUCGCAUGCCAAACACAAGUUUUCUCCCAUGGAAAUCGUCAUCCACUGUCGCGGUCUGUUCGCUACCAGACGUAUGGGGCUCUCAACAUCCUUGAUCUGGUUCUCAUGGCUGCUCAUCGGUCUCGCUUACCCCUUGUACAACGUCUUCCUACCCACCUACCUGGCUACUCGCGGUGCACAGUUUGGCGAGCAGUCCCAGUUCGUUUACUGGCGCAACUAUGCCAUCGCCAAUACAUGUUCCAUCCCCUCUCCCAUCUUGGCAGGAUUCAUGUGCAGAAGUAAAUUCUUCUGGGGUAGACGAGGCACCAUGAUCAUUGGCGCUCUCAUCACCAUGGCUUUCUUCUUCGCAUACACUCAAGUCAGGAACAACGCACAGAAUCUGGCAUUCACUUGCUGUAUAAGCUUUUUCUUGAAUGUGUACUACGCUACGCUGUAUGCCUAUACUCCUGAAGUCCUACCAUCCGCUCACCGUGGCACUGGCAACGGUAUCGCAAUCGCACUGAAUCGCGUCAUGGGUAUCAUGAGCGCAAUCGUGGCUACAUAUGCUAACACCAGUACUCCCGUUCCGAUCUACAUUUGUGCUGCGCUAUACAUUGUGAUGGCUGCGGUCGCUGCUGCAUUCCCCUUUGAACCUAUGGGCAAGAGAAGUUCUUGA